AGUGGGCGACGAGGGCGCCGCGCAGCGCAGGCCGGACAGCGGCAGCGGCUCGGGCGGACGUAAACAAAACUGUCUGUUUUUAUUAUUUUGACUGAAAUGUCGCGUCAAUAAGAUUUUAGGCUAUUGCAAGUUGCUCGGGGAGUGGUUUACGAACGCUCAGGACUGAGCAUUAACCAUGGUUCCUGGGACGAUUGAAGAUCAUCAAGCGGAUAUAAUAUUUGUUGUUGAAGGAACAGCUGUAAAUGGGGCUUAUAUAAAUGAUUUAAAAACUAAUUAUGUAAUUCCAACACUGCAGUAUUUUAGUCAGACUAAAAUUGAUGAUUAUCAUGAGAGUCAUAGUGUGAUGUAUGGUCUUGUUGUUUACCACGCAGCAGACUGUUUACCUUGUCCUAGCAGUGACAGCUAUGGACCUUUCUGUAGUCCGAACAAGUUACUGUCAAUGCUUGAUAAUGUUGAAAUGGUUGGAGGAAAAGGUGAGGCAUUUGCAAAUAUUGCAGAGGGCUUAGCUACAGCUCUUCAAUGUUUUGAAGAUCUGCAAUUAAAACGAGAUGGCCUAUCAAAUGUACAAAAACAUUGUAUCCUUAUAUGUAAUUCGCCACCAUAUUUAUUGCCUGUAAUGGAAGCACCUUCAUUAAGUGGUCACUCUGUGGAUGAACUUGCGUCUUUUCUCUUAGAACGCGGUAUAAAUUUAUCCAUCCUUUCUCCUCGAAAAAUUCCUGCACUCUUUAAACUUUAUGAAGUAGCUGGAGGAGAUCUCCAAAUAUCUCAGACUAAAAAUUACGCCAAAGAUCCACGUCACCUAGUGCUUUUAAAAGGAUUCAGCCUACAAGAGCGUCCUGUGAGCCCAAACCCACCGGUUGGAACACAACUCUCAAACCAGCAAGUUCCCCAAGCGACAGGCCAGCCAACACAAACUGCCCAAGCUCAACCCCCUUCACAAACACCCCAAGCUUCAUCCCAAAAUGCUGUUCAGCAGGGUCAUCAACAAACAGUUUCCUCAGCAGGUUCUGCUCUACCCAGCCCCCUCCCCAGCACAGGUAGCCCUAUUACUAAUGUGGUUGGAAGUGCAGGUGGAGGACCAGUGACUGGAGGUCAACAGCAGCAGCAACAACAACAGCAGCAACAGCAGCAACAGCAGCAGCAGCAGCAGCAGAUGAUGUCCAAUCAAACAGUUUUCAGAGGGAACCAAAAUUCUCAGCCGGGUGGCAUGAUACCAACAAAUCCCCAACAGCAACAAAAUCAGCAAGCUCAACAGCAAGCCCAACAACAGGCACAACAGGCACAACAUCAAGCACAACAGCAAGCUCAACAACAGGCUCAGCAGGCUCAGCAGUCGCAGCCUGGUCAGCAAGGAAUGAUGGGAGUGAUGGUUGGUGGAGGGGCCAGGCCUCCGUACCCUCCUCAACAACCGCCUAGCUACCCCCCAAUGCCAGGAGGUGCAGGUCGUCCUCAGUGGCGCAUGCAAGCUCAGCCACGUCCUCAGUUCAUGCAGGGCCAGGGAUUCCCAGGUCCUGGAGGUGCACCACAACAGCAAAGUUCUGCUCUCAUUGCACAGCUAACUCAACCUCCUACCAAUAUUGGACCAGGUGUUAAUCAAACCCAACUGCAGUCUCAGUUUGGGGCUGGAAACAUGACGCAGCAGCAGAUGAGAAUGAAUCAAAUGAUGGGAGCCCAAUCCCAGUCGCAGGGAACUGGCCAAGGACAAGGUCCUCCGGCUCAGCAAGGCACUCAGGGUCCUGGACAGAGUCAGCAAGGUCCGAAUCCUCAACAAUUACUACAACAACAGCAAUUGCAACAGCAACAGCAAUUGCACCAGCAACAACAACUACAGCAGCAACAACUACAACAACAGCAGCAAGCUCAGCAACAACAGGCUCAGCAACAACAGGCUCAGCAACAACAAGCUCAACAGGCACAAGCCCAACAGCAAGCCCAACAGCAAGCCCAACAGCAAGCCCAACAGCAAGCCCAACAACAAGCCCAACAGCAGGCACAACAGCAAGCACAACAGCAGGCGCAACAGCAAGCGCAACAGCAAGCCCAACAGCAGGCACAACAGCAGGCCCAACAGCAGGCCCAACAACAAGCGCAACAACAAGCGCACCAAGUACAGCAGCAAGCACAGCAACAAGCUCAACAGCAAGUGCAGCCCAUUGUUCAGCAACCUAUGCAAAGGCAAAUUAUUUGGAGUGGUUUACUGGAAUGGGUUGAGAAAAGUCCAAGCAAAAUGUCUUCAGCAAACCAAGCCAAAUUGGCAAGGCAGUUACCUUGCCAAGUUGGGACAAAUUCUAAAGAUCCUCCUGAAUUAUCAGCAGAAACAUGGCCUCAAAAGUUACUUAUGCAGUUGAUGCCUAAAACACUAAUUGGCAGCAUAGGUGGUACAUUUCUAAAAAAUUCAAAGUCGGUGUUCUUUCUACCAAAGAAUUGUGAAGAAUUGGAUAAUCUUGUUCAAGUCAUGAGUAACGGAUAUGCUGGCUGUGUUCACUUUAACAGCACUAACGCAAACUCUGCUUGUGAUCUUAAAGUUCUUAUCCUGCUUUAUACAUCUGAUAAAAGAACGUUUAUUGGUUUUAUUCCUAAUGACCAAGCAGCAUUUGUUGACAGAUUGCGAAAGGUCAUACAGCAACAAAAAUCUGGUGGAAGACAGGGUGUGCAACAAGGCCAAAACCAACAAGGAAUGAUAGCAGGCCCUCAAGGAAUGGGUCAAGGCCCUCAGGGAAUGAACCAAGGUCAGCAAGCCAUGGCUCAAGGUCCUCAAGGCAUGAAUCAAGGCCAACAAGGAAUGGGCCCUCAAGGAAUUAACCAGGGCCAGCCAAGUAUGGGGCAGGGGCCACAAGGAAUGGGACAAGGCCACCAAGUGAUGGGACAGGGGCCACCAGGAAUGGGUCCGGGACCUCAAGGGAUGGGGCCAGGACCUCAAGGGAUGGGUCAAGGGCAACAAGGAAUCGGGCAGGUUCCCCAAGGAAUGGGACAGGGGCCUCAAGGAAUGGGUCAGGGGACACAGGGUAUGGGUCAGAAUCACCAAAGUAUGGGUCAAGGACCUCAAGGGAUGGGGCAAGGGCCGCAAGGGAUGGCUCAAGGUCCUCAAAGUAUGGUGCAGGGUCCACAGGGAAUGGUUCAAGGAUCUCAAGGUAUGGGACAAGGCUCACAGGGUAUGGGCUUAGUGCAGCAAGGUAUGAGUCAGGGUCAGCAGGGAAUGAUGUUAUCUCAAACCAAUCAAAUGGCAAUGGGAGGAGGACAAAUAACACAAAAUGUUGUAUCGUCAACUGUGGGUGGGGGUGGUCCAUCAGGAGUUGGACCUGUCCAGGGACAAUCUCAGGUGGGCCCAAUGUCAGGCGUCAUAGGGGGGCCAUCUAAUGCAAUGGGAAUGCAGGGAGUGGAUGGGACAAUGGGAAUGCGAAUGCCUGGCCCCAAUGUAUCAGCGGGCCCACAGGGUGGACCACAGGGACCUCAAGGUGGUCCUGGAGCGGCUGGUGGCAUGAUGGCGCGGGGCAUGAUGCCCUCUAUGCAAAGAGCUAUGGCUCCUCAAAUGCAAGGUGCCUCCCAAGAUAUGGAGCAGCAGCUGAAGCAAUUUGAGCUUGUCACCAUGAAAGUGCAGCAGCAGAAGCUGCAGCAAACCAUGGAUAUGGGUCAACAAGUGCUUGAUAAUGACCCAGGAAAAUUGAGAGCUCAGCUACAACUUCAACAGUUGCAACAACAAAGACAAAUGGGUCCACAAAGUAUGCAACAACGACAACAGCCUCAGCAACAGCAGCAACCCAAUCCUAAUCAACAACGAAUGAUGAGACCUAGUAAUCCUGGACUGAGAAUGCUCCUUCAACAGCAACCGUAUCGGCCAGCAAUGAUCAAUCAGCUGCAACAGCAGCAAAUGGGGGUCCGAGGACCUAUUGGUCAACCAGGAAGUCAGCAAGGUGGAAUGCAACAACAAUUUGAGCCAGAAUACGAUUUCUAGGUGUAGUAAGUACAGUAUUUUAUCUUGAAAUGUAUGUUUAAGCAAUUACUGUUAUGACAUGGCCAUUGUUGUUAUAAUUGUAGUACAGAUACAUCACAUUUUGAAAUGUUAACAUCUCAAUUUCAUCCUUAGUACCUGAUCAUUUAAACAAUAUCAGAUUCACCUAAGAAAUUGGUAUAUCUUGUAAUGUGCUGUGAUAUAUUAAUAUCUCAAUGUAUUCACUGUUCUUAAGAAUGUAUUUUAGUCAUUUGUCGGAAGUAUUUCCAAAAUUUUCUUGACUGAUUAUAAAAUUGUGUGGAAUCUGUACAUAAGACUUCACUAAUGCUCCAUAUACCUUUGUCUGUUCAAUGAUCUUAAAGUUUCAAGACAAAGAAGUAAAUAUCUAUCAUUUUUUAAAAUAUACUUUUUUUUUUGUUGCUUUAUGAAAUUUAUGUGUACCUGAUAAACUAUUACAGAGUUAUUUUAUGUUCCAAUGGUUUCUGUUUUAUGGUCAUGAAGUAUUUUAUGUCUUUAUGUCUUUCUUACUUAGUGUACAGGUUUUUCUACUCUGUAUCUCACCCUGUAUUUAUUGAAAUAAUUAUAAGAAUUGUCACUAGAACCUUCUUUUGGGGUCUUCUGUGACUUACUUUAUGAUCUCUCAUUUUGUGUACUACUAUCUUGCCAUGAAAACCCAUGCAGCUUUGAUUGUUGUGAACCAUGUAUCCUAGAUUAUUGUUGUUAGUGAACCUUAGUGUACGGUACCUAUUUAGAGUAGGUAGUUAAACAUAAAUAAUAAUUAUGACAUGAUCCAAAUUCAUAUGUUAAGAUGCACUUGUGCUAUUCUUAAACACAUGGAGGCUUAAUGACAGUACCUAGUGUAUGAUCUUAAAGCUCAAGUGCUCAUCUUCAGUGCAGUAUAGCUAUGAAAAGUUGUUGGUUCAUGCAUGUUAUCUACGAAAAGAAGAUUUUUGCUAGCAACUUUUAAUAGCCAAUAAUCUUAUUAAACACAUGAUACUUGUACUUCAUAAACCUAAAUUUUUUGUUUUUUGAGACAAGGUAAGGUAAGAAAUAGCUAGUUUAAACAUUCAAAGCCUCUUUUCUACUAUGUUCAAUCAACAAACGUGAAAAGUAGCUAUCCUAUUAAGGCAAAUUAAAUUGUUCACAUCAUUUCUUCCUGAAAUAUAAAUGAGGUGACUGUUUCA